UCAACCUCAGGGUUUGUGUUUACUUUAGGAGGAGAAUCCAUUGUAUGGAGGAGUGUCAAGCAGAUAUGCGUAGCGGACUCAACCAUGGAGGCUGAGUAUGUAGCAGCCUCAGAGGCAGCGAAAGAAGCUGUCUGGCUCAGGAAUUUUCUCCUCGACCUUGACGUGGUGUCGAGUUUUUCUGCUGCAAUCACAGUGUUCUGUGAUAACAGCGGAGCAUUAGCAAAUUCGAAGGAACCACGGACUCAUAAAGCGAGUAAACACAUAGAGCGCAAGUACCACCUGAUACGAGAAAUCGUUGGACGAGGAGAAGUCGUUGUUGCCAAGAUACAAUUAGAGGACAACCUAGCAGAUCCUUUUACGAAGAGCCUACUGGCGGAAGUCUUUACGAGACACGUAGAAGGAAUGGGAGAAAGCGUGAGGUCCCUUGGCAACGGACAACACGUGGUCAAUCAAAAUAUGGCAAAGUUGGAGCUGAUGAUACCCGACUUGGCGGGACAACUCGAGAGAGUCAAUCGCCAUACACGGAGGAGCCGCACAUCAAGAUCAACCAUGGCAGGAACGGACAGUUCGACGUCUAGUCGCGAUGAUAACGACGAACGGUCGCGGGAAACGCGCGCAACGCGCACUACCCGACACCACGGCGAUCGCAGGGCGCAUGGCCAUCGGCGACAUCGGGAAAAGCACGCAAGUGCAAAACCGAAGAUCACGAUGACAACGUUCGAGGGAGUAGAUCCGGAUGCAUGGUUAAGUCGUGCCGUGCAAUUUUUCGAGAUCAAUGAGGUACAUAAAUCUGAAAGAGUUCAAAUUGCUGCCUACUACUUGGACGGAGAGGCCAACACAUGGUGGCAAUGGGUGUCACAUGUUUAUAAAAAUAAAGGCGAGCAAAUUAGAUGGCGAGAUUUUGAGAAGGAGCUGAUUGCCAGGUUUGGAUCUAUCGAAUACUUUGAUUAUGAUGAGGCGCUGACAAGGAUCCGCCAAACCGGGAGUCUACGUGACUAUCAAAAGGAGUUUGAGAGGAUAGCAAGCCGGGUUCGGGAUUGGCCCGAAAAGGCACUAGUAGGUGCACCUCACAAUGACGCUUUACUGAUAGCCACCCAAGUGUCGGGCUAUGAAGUGCAAAGGGUCUUUGCCGAUACAGAAAGCUCAGUAAAUGUAAUAUUCUAUUACUGCCUCAAAAGAAUGGACCUCGACAUCGAGCUGGCACCCUUACACACAUCCCUCUUUGGGUUCAACGGUUCAGAGGUCACGCCCUUAGGAAAGACCACGCUCGCCGUCGUACUAGGGGAAGGGGAUUUGAGAAAAGUGAAGAUGAUAAUAUUUGUAGUAGUCGAUGUCGAGUCGGCGUACAACGUGAUCCUCAGGAGGCCGACAUUGAACGCGUUCCAAGCUGUGGUGUCGACUUACCACAUUAAGUUAAAAUUUCCA